AUGUACGGCCUGCUUCUCUUGUCGAAUCUUUAUUCUUUGACAACAGAUGUCUUGCAGCAAGAUCGCUAUCACGUUGUAUUGUCAGUUGCCUCUGUCGUCGCUACAGCGCUUCUUUGCCCUCUGCUGUACCUGGAACAUGUGCGCUCAACCAGGCCAGCCGAUCUCGCUGUUAUCUUCUUGCUCGUAUCUUUGGUGUGUGACUUGGGUGCUUCUCUACAAGAGGGUCCUGAGGAGUGGUUGAUACCCACCACCAAGAUUACUCUAAAGUUUCUUCUCAUCGCCGCAGAAAGCCGAAGCAAACAAGGGAUUCUCAAGAGUCCCUACUCUUUCCAAUCUCCAGAACAGCUGGCAGGAAUUCUAAGCAGAACAUUCUUCUGGUGGAUCAACCCCAUUCUCGCCUUGGGGAACCAGAUCAUUCUUUCCGGUGAAGAUCUUCCUCCGAUUGACCACCUCCUUACUUCGGAAAAGCUCCGUCAUGAUGGCUUAAAGGCGUGGGAUCAGAGGGCCAGACCAUUGACCAAGAUAACAUUACCCAUCUGCCUAGUGAAGAGUAUGCUACCUCAGUUCAUGGCACCAGUUGUCCUACGAUUAUGCCUCAUUUUCUUUCGUUACGCGCAGCCGGCUCUCAUUAGCUCUGCGGUUCAUGAACUAAGCAGCCACUCCGAUGGAGGUAGGCUUAUGCUGAUCAUGAAAGCCGCUACGGUCUACUUCGGUUUAGCAGUUUUCGAAGCACUUUACCACCAUCGGUUGAACAGACUCAGCAUCAUAACCAAAGGGACACUCAUCGGGCUUAUCAAUAACGCAGCUCUGCGGCAGUCAUCAAGCAGCUACAACGACGGUAUAGCCCUAACUUUAAUCAGCACAGAUACAGAGAGCGUCAUGAGAUUCGCAAUUUGCUCUAGAAUGAGUCGUUACCUGGCCAGAAACCUGCAAAGCAAGCAGAAGGCGUGGAAUGAAGCGACACAGAGACGAAUCUCUCUGACGGCAUCUGCGAUCUCAUCAAUGAAGGUGAUGAAGAUGCUUGGAACUUCCAGACAAACUGAAGUAUUGAUCCAGAAGCUUCGAGCCCAAGAAUUAGAGAUGGCGAAGAAAGUGCGGUGGAUGAUGGUCGCGUAUAACGCCAGUGCUAAUGCGCUCGGAAUAUUCUCUCCUAUACUAACAUUUGUCAUAUUCGUGAUGUAUGCUAACGUACGUGGGUCGACUCUGGAUGCCGAGACUGCAUUUACGACGACAGCGCUUCUUGGGCUAGUGACCCACCCAGCAAAUAUGAUCAUGACGAUUGUGCCUCGUGCCAUUGGCUCUUUGGCCGCUUUCGGAAGAAUUCAAGACUAUCUCGUCCGGCCUGGUCGAGCUGAUGAGAGACGCUCGUUCAAGCCAAAGACAAAGGUCGAUGAUUCUUCAUCAGCCAUUUGCUUUGAAGCUGUCACUGUUCAGUCCCAUUCACAGUCACGUCCAGUCCUCGAUAACAUCAAUUUCACGGUCAACCAAGGGUCAAUAGUCAUUUGCGCUGGGGCAGUUGGAAGUGGGAAGACAGUCCUCGCCCAGUGCAUUCUAGGCGAAAUACCAGCUUCGUGUGGGACAAUCUCAGUGUCAACCCAGCGGAUCGCUUACUGCGAACAAUCGCCCUGGUUACCGAGUGGUACUCUGAAAGAAGUGGUUUGUGGCUUUGGGAAGUUUGAGCCCGGUUGGUAUAGGCAUGUUGUCAAGCUUUGCUGCCUCGAUGAGGAUAUUUUAGCCUUGCCGCUCGGUGACAACACUGUCAUAGGCAGCCGGGGCCUGAAGCUCUCUGGAGGUCAAAGACAGCGUUUGGCACUCGCCCGUGCUUUAUACGCUCGGGGCGAAAUUGUGCUUCUUGACGACAGCUUCUCAGCUCUAGAUCACAACACAGAAAGAAAGGUGGUUUCUAAUCUUCUAGGAACUCAAGGGCACUUCCGUAAGACAGGCACUACAGUCUUCUUAAUUGCCAAUUCUACGAAACACUUUGACGAGGCGGACUCGUUAAUCAUUCUGGAGAGUGGAAGAGUCACAUACCAAGGGUCACCAAACGCAGUAAACGAAGAAGUGGCACAUUUGCGUCAGAUGCAUGUCAACGCUGCAGUGGCUGAAACCAACGCAGGCCUUGUCAAAACGAACAAGACAAUCCAGAGCCAAGCUCUCGAAGUAACUGAGGCUGUGGCUGAUUUGGGUAGAUCAACAGGAGAUUUCACUCUAUAUGCUUCAUACUCAUUCUUUGUAAUCUUUCCACAGUAUUGGCUGCAGAAGUGGACGGAGUCACCAGGCUCACAGGCGAAAUUCUAUAUCGCAGGAUACCUCACCCUUUCACUGCUAGCCUGGGUAGCCACGAACGGUUCAAUGUGGUCUACUCAUAUGUUGAUUGCGCCAACGUCAGGUGAUGAGCUUCACCGACGAUUACUCUCCACUGUCUUUGGGUUUGUAGCGCAAUCCUGUGAGGGCCUGACUAACAGGUUGCAGUGCUCCAUUGCUGUUCUUCUCAUUUACAGAGACGGGUUCAAUACUAAAUCGGUAUCAUUCACCAUUUGCCUGUUAUUGCUGACUGCUUGGCUGAUGAUUCUCAGGUUCAGUGAAGAUAUGCAACUAGUUGACAAGAGCCUGCCUCCAGCAAUUCUCUCUCUUUCCAACCAAAUCUUCAAGCUUCUGGUGCAAACCGCUCUCCUUUUCAGUGCCCAAAAACUGCUGACUGCCACAAUUCCAUUAUGCGUUUUGGUAGUCUACGUUGUGCAACGGGUCGAGGGUGUCGUCAGCAUCCGCUCGUUUGGUUGGGUGAAGCAAGCAGAGAGUACUAACAUGAACUGUCUCGAUAAGUCCCAGCAACCAGCCUACAUCCUUCUGUGUUUACAGCUCUGGCUCAACAUUGUUCUAGACUUAGUUAUUGCCUCUAUGGCAGUGAUUUUAAUCGCUUUAGCAGUAUUCUUAGAGGGGAGCACAACAGCCGGACAGAUCGGCAUGUCUUUGAACAUUGUCCUUGUUGCCAACUCGACGCUCUUAGCACUUGUCACAUCUUGGACGAAUUUGGAGAUAUCUCUAGGUGCUAUAUCUCGUUUGAAGACGCUGGAAGAAGAGACAGUAGCAGAAGAGCAGCCAGUAUGCGGAGGAGUAGUCCCUGAGACUUGGCCCUCACGUGGGGCGCUUCAGGUCCAUGACCUUAUGGUCUCUUACGAAGAGACGCACGUGCCUGCAUUGAAGAACAUCAACCUAUCCAUUGAGCCCGGUCAACAUUUGGUAAUCUGCGGUAGGACUGGCAGUGGGAAGAGCACUCUCCUCCUCGCGUUGCUCCGCCUUCUCGACACCCAAUCGGGAUCUAUCGAAGUUGAUGGUAUCGACUUAAGUCAGGUUCCACUGUCAACUAUACGAGAACGAUGCUUCAUUAUUGUUACGCAAGAUCCAUUUCUGCUCGCACAGGCCAGCCUUCGGUUUAAUUUGGAUCCUUCGGAGACUCUUUCCGACAUUGCAAUCCUGAAGGCACUUGAACGAACUGGGCUCUGUGGACAUUUCGACACUCAUGUGCAAGCAAAGCUGGCAGAUAUCCUUGACAGUCCUCUCAGUUCGUUGCCUCACAUGUCCACUGGCCAGACUCAGCUAUUUGCCUUAACCAGAGCCCUCCUACGAGCAGAGCAUUGUUCAAUCGCUGGAACAAAGCCCAUUCUGCUUCUGGACGAGGCGACAUCAUCGGUUGAUGGGCUGACAGAGUCAACUAUGCGGCGUGUUGUAAAAGAGGCAUUUACUGAUAACGGACAUACUGUGAUCGAGAUUACCCACCGUUUGUCUGGCUUGAAGGACAUCGCUCAGACGGCAGGUCAUAACCCGGAAGUGAGCGUGGUCCUUCUUUCGCAGGGGGGGAUUCAGAGACAGGGAAGAAUUGAAGAUAUGCUCGACUUUGGCAACGAGUCUUAG